AUGGCUUUAGAUAUUCACCGGUGUCGGUUUGUAGACUACAAGCCUCAUGCCAUUACAGCUCUGGCAUUUACGAGCUGCAUUUCAACUAAGAGCACCUCUGCAGCUGUGCGACUAGCUGUGGGCAGAUCUAACGGCAGCAUUGAAAUAUGGAAUCCUCGAUAUGGUUGGAUUCACGAGUUGACUCUGCAAGGUGGUAGAGAGCGGUCUGUUGAAGGUGUGGCCUGGAUCGUGUCUGACGACGAGCCGCCCCGCCUUUUUUCCAUUGGUGGCUCGACUAGUGUAACUGAAUGGGAUCUCAAGACAUGCUUACCUAUAAGCAAUUAUCAAGCGAAUGCCGGUGUAAUUUGGUCAUUGGCUGCGAGUCCGGACAAUAAGAAGCUGGCAGUUGGGUGCGAAGACGGAUCCGUUAUUCUGUUAGACGUGUCUGGCGGACCUGGAGUUAUUGAGCAAGAACGCAUUUUGCAGCGCCAGAGCUCACGCAUACUGUGUCUGGCUUGGAAUGGUAAUGACAAGCUUGUGGGAGGUCUUGCUGAUGCACGUAUCAGUGUGUGGUCCACAAAGCGUGAAACCAACGGACGCAUAUUGGCUACUGUUAAGGUAGACAAGUCUAAGCAGCGCGAGUCAACGCUUGUGUGGUCCAUCAAAAUGGUAAAUGAGCGCGUUAUGGUUUCAGGUGACUCUACUGGUUCAGUCAAGUUCUGGGAUGCACAAAAGUUUACUCUGCUGCAGUCUUUUUCUGCGCAACACGCUGCCGACGUGUUGUGUUUGGCGGUUGAUACUUCUGGCCGCACAGUUUACUCUGCAGGUGUGGAUCGCAAGAUUAUGUGCUAUCAAGUGGUUAAUAGAAAUUCCGGUCGCUGGUCGGCCAUGGGCAGCUCCAUGGUUCAUGGUCACGAUGUUCGUGCCUUGGCUUUACACGAGGCAGCAACAGCCAAUUUCCUGGUUUCUGGUGGUGUGGAGCGCACCCUUGUCAUCAAUGAUCUUAAUGACUUUAUGUUUGGCAGCUGUCGCAAACUUCCUAUUACGCCGCAACGAACAUGCGUUGCUGCGGUCCCCCGUGCCCGUUUACUUGUUAUGUGGAACGCGCAAACUGUCAAGCUGUGGUAUGUGGGCGAGCUUGCUCAUGUAGGCGAUGGUGGAAGCGACGAUUCUACAACCACAACUUCAGUUGCUGUUCCUGUACAGGGUAAGAAGCUUGUGUGCCGAAUGACUCUUACAAGUGACGAAAACAUUACAGAUGCUGCAAUUUCAGCAGAUGGCUCACUUCUUGCUGUUUCGACCAUUGUUGAGACAAAGUUGUUUGCCUUGUCAAAGGUUGGCGUCGACAGUGUGACUGGAAUUCCAACUGCUUACAAAGUGCACAAGCUGGCUGCCCAUGAUUUGGAAGAUCAGGGUGCACAGUUUUUGCGGGUUGUGGAGCGCAAUGGAGCUCUCAAGCUCCUUGUUGUUUCCCCUGAAUCAGAUGUGAUUUUGUACGACGUUGAUGCUACCAAGGGUGUUGAUCUUGAUUCUGAUCCCAUUGAACUCAAUGUGACUCACCCUCAGACCAAAAAGGCUGUAAACGCUCUGAAUUAUAGUGACAGUGUUUCGCAUGUCGAGGUGUCUCCAGAUGGCCAUUGGGUUGCUCUGUCGCGAUACUCUGGUAUUGUCGAUUUAUUUGAUAUCUCCAAGGCAUUUGAUGAGCCUUUGGUUCUUAAGAAUGAAGAUGAAGACGCCGUUGUUGUUGAAGGCUCUGUUCUUGGGCGUUUCCCUGGUCUUCCAACUGCACUUUCGUUUACAACACGCGCAACACUUGUUAUUGUGACAGCAGAAGUGCGUGUAUUUGAGUACAGCAUUCAGCGCGGGGAAGAGCCUGCUCUGACAGCAUGGUCGCGCGCCAACUCGGAGCUGUUGCCACAAGAACUUUCUGAUGCUCGUGACAAGUGCCGUGGCGUAUUUUACGACCCAGAAAAGGCACAACGCCUGUGGCUGUGGGCUGGUACAUGGCUUGCAUUCCUUGACACUAGCGUAGAUAUUCCUGUUAAGCGAGUACCAAAACGACUGGCAAACGGUGGGGGAAAGAGACACGAGGCGCUGGGGCUUGUUGCAGACGAGGAUGAUGACGAGAUCCGGGGGUCUGUUGCUGCUACUACGGAUGCCGAUGGAGAUGUGAACAUGGACAGUGACAAGAAUAAGAAAAAGCAGCCAGAGAUUGAUGAUGCCGUGAGUGUUUUGGGUCGUCGGGCAUUUUGGAUCACAUACAAGUACCGGCCCAUUUUAUAUGCAGGAACAUUUGGGUCUAAGGAAAUGGUUGUUGUUGAGCGGCCGCUCAUGGAUCUCAAGCUGCCACCAGCUUUCUGGUCCAACCACAAAAUUUCAUUUUAA